CAGUCAUGACGACCAAGGCUGUUCACGCGGUCGCCAAGCAUGGCUUUGUGAACGCGUCGCUCUACGACAAGGCGCGUCCGGGGUUUCCGCGCGAGGCGCUUGCAUCGCUCCUGCCGCUUUUGCUCGACCCGGCGACCGCGAACGUGCUCGAGAUUGGCAGCGGCACGGGCAAAUUUACGUCGCUUUUGCAUCACGACGCCAAGAUCACCAACCUCGUCGCUGUCGAGCCGUCGCAAGGCAUGCGCGCCACGUUUGCGACGCUCUUUCCGGACGUGCGCUGCGUCGAUGGGACGGCGACAGCGCUCCCGGUUGCCGACAACUCCCAAGACGCGCUGUUUGUCGCCCAGGCCUUUCACUGGUUUGACAACCGCGACGCGCUCCGCGAGUUUCGCCGGGUCCUCAAGCCGAACGGCACGCUCGGUCUCAUUUGGAACAUGGAAGACGCGAGUACGCCGUGGGUGGCGCAGCUCCGGACGAUCUACGAAGCCUACGACGGUGUCGCGCCACAGUACCGGACGGGCAAGUGGGCCCACGUCUUUGCCGCGAGUCCCGACCUCUUUGGCCCGCUCACGCACACGUGCAUUCGCCGAAAUGUCCCCGUCGCAUCCAAAGAGCAGAUCUGGGAGCGCGUUCUUUCCAAGUCGUACAUCUCGACCGCGACGUCUGAUGUCCAGGCGCGUGUCAAGGCCGACGUCAUGGCGAUCCUCGACGCUGCUGAAUUCGACAUUGACGCCAGCGGCUGCAUCUUGUACCCGUACGUGACCGAUAUUUACGUCACGACGCCGACGCCCGAAUAGUGGGUCGUGCCUUUUCGACGACAAUAAUGUCUUCAACAGAUCCCACCAAAGUGUUUCCUCGUA